AUGGAAACAGCCACUGCUCCGUUACAGUCGCCAAACUCCCAAUUUGGUCGACCAACUACACCUGUUUUUCGCCCAGCGGAUGUCGAACAGGUUAUACAACGAUAUGGGCAACUAGUAGAAAAGUUUCAGUUUGAUCAAGCUCGUGAACUAAUCGAACAAUACACACAAUCGACAUCAAGAUCUGUGAUGGUUAUAAAUGAAAAGGAUGUUUCAUGGGCUGCACUUUUAUCUUCAUUGAUUUUGAUUGCAAACUGUGAUAAAAACUACUACCUACUCUCAUUUCUUCAACCCAGAGCAUUCUUUCGAAAGGAAAAUGCGCUGAAGAAUCAAUAUUAUCAGAUUAGUGAAAAACUUGUGCGAGCUUGCCCUUCAGCGGCCCUUCCUGAUGGUGGCUCCAGUCCUUCUACAUUAGCUGACCAUAUCAUGGCACAGUGCCGGCAAUAUGUACUUGCUCGCGUAGAAAUGAUUAGCAUUUACACUACCAUUGCAAGUUUAGCAAACGACCGAGUUAUCUUGUGGGAUUCAUUGCAUGCUCGUGGGGUUAGGGUAUCGGAAAUGCUGAAAUCCUGCCAUCACCACUCGCUCUUCUCAAUGGCUCACCUUCUUUCUGGCGAAAUUGAUGUUUUGCUAUUGCUUGUCUCUGCACAAAUUCACAUCUCCAAUUGCAAGAUGUUUGAGAGCCUUCUACAGUUGAAAGAAAUAAGGGAACGUUUCGACUACUGGGUACGCGAUUCGCACUGUUUAAAUCCUGUCAACAAAUCUGUAUUUUACUUCUUUAGGUCAACUGAAAAACAGCCACGAAAUCGUUUGAUAAACUGGUUGAUCCAGUUUUAUAAUCUUUUGAUGGCUAAAUUCUCCUUGUAUUUUACAAAUGUUUUGGGGAAUUUUUGUAGUACCAUUCACACUAUUGACAAUGGGUUCAAUUUUAUAUCAAAUGCAACUCAAAUCGUAAAGAAAACCGAUGCUGCAUGUCUGGCGAUAGUUAUGGACCGUGAAAACUGUACCGAAAGCUUUUACGGUUUCGGCUAUAAUCGUCUUAAGGAUCGUUUUACUCCUGGGCCACCGACGGAACCUCGAAAAGGAUUAGCAGCGCUAUGUCCGGCCGUAUUUCGAUUACCAUCUCCCGCUGAAGGGCAUAAAUCUUCUCACAAUGACGUGUUCGAGAAGUAUCAAGAGCACAUAUACGCUUUCAUUCAGUCAAAUCUUCGCUAUCCAGCUAAAAGCAAGUAUAUCUAUGAUGCUGAAAGAGAUCACUGCAUGUUCGGUGAUAUAGUCGAAGCAAAGCUGUAUAUUGUGGUGGUUUAUGCCGGUCGCGUCUGCGAAAAGGAUGCAACCAUGUCAACGUUCAUUCAGCAAAUGACUACCUCCUUAAGAGGGUCUCGAUUGUUUCUCUCGCUGAAAAAUGCGGCCAAAUGA